AAUUCUGAUGGUGGUAUGAAUAACAGGGUAAAUAAUACAAAUAAAGCAUCAAAUGGCAUUAAAAGUAAUUCUGAUGGUGGUAUGAAUAACAGGGUAAAUAAUACAAAUAAAGCAUCAAAUGGCAUUAAAAGUAAUUCUGAUGGUGGUAUGAAUAACAGGGUAAAUAAUUCAAAUAAAGCAUCAAAUGGCAUUAAAAGUAAUUCUGAUGGUGGUAUGAAUAACAGGGUAAAUAAUUCAAAUAAAGCAUCAAAUGGCAUUAAAAGUAAUGCUGAUGUUGGUAUGAAUAACAAGACAUCUACGACCAAAACUUUUGUGGGUGGAUUUAAAAAUAACGAUGAUGGAGGUAUGAAUAACAAGACAUCUACGACAAAAAAUUUUGUGAGUGAAUUUAAAAAUAACGAUGAUGGAGGUAUGAAUAGCAAGACAUCUACGACCAAAACUUUUGUGAGUGAAUUUAAAAAUAAUGAUGAUGGAGGUAUGAAUAACAAGACAUCUACGACAAAAAAUUUUGUGAGUGAAUUUAAAAAUAACGAUGAUGGAGAUAUUAAGAAAGAAACAUCUACGACCAAAACUUUUGUGAGUGAAUUUAAAAAUAAUGAUGAUGGAGGUAUGAAUAACAAGACAUCUACGACAAAAAAUUUUGUGAGUGAAUUUAAAAAUAACGAUGAUGGAGAUAUUAAGAAAGAAACAUCUACGACCAAAACUUUUGUGAGUGAAUUUAAAAAUAAUGAUGAUGGAGGUAUGAAUAACAAGACAUCUACGACAAAAAAUGUUGUGAGUGAAUUUAAAAAUAACGAUGAUGGAGGUAUUAAGAAAGAAACAUCUACCACCAAAACUUUUGUGAGUGAAUUUAAAAAUAACGAUGAUGGAGGUAUUAAGAAAGAAACAUCUACCACCAAAACUUUUGUGAGUGAAUUUAAAAAUAACGAUGAUGGAGGUAUUAAGAAAGAAACAUCUACGACCAAAACUUUUGUGAGUGAAUUUAAAAAUAACGAUGAUGGAGGUAUUAAGAAAGAAACAUCUACCACCAAAACUUUUGUGAGUGAAUUUAAAAAUAACGAUGAUGGAGGUAUUAAGAAAGAAACAUCUACGACCAAAACAUUUGUGAGUGAAUUUAAAAAGAAUGCUGAUGAAGGUAUGAAGAAAGAAACAUCUAUGACCACAUCUUUUAUGAGUGAAUUUAAAAAGAAUGAUGAUGGAGGUAUGAAGAAAGAAACAUCUACGACCAAAACUUUUAUGAGUGAAUUUAAAAAUAAUGAUGAUGGAGGUAUGAAGAAAGAAACAUCUACGACCAAAACAUUUGUGAGUGAAUUUAAAAAUAAUUCCGAUGGGGGUCUUAAUAAAGAAGCAUCUACGACCAAAACAUUUCUUAGUGAAUUCAAAAAUAAUGCU